GCGGGCCGGGGGCGGGCUGGUGAGGGCGGAAGGAGAGCCAGGCCGGAAGGAGGCUGCAAGAGGGCGGGAGGCAGGAGAGGGCCCAGAGCUAGUGGGCCGGAGUGGCGGCGCCGCCAUGUCCGACAGCGAGAAACUCAAUCUGGACUCCAUCAUCGGGCGCCUGCUAGAAGUGCAGGGCUCACGGCCUGGAAAGAAUGUGCAGCUGACAGAGAACGAGAUCCGUGGUCUCUGCCUCAAAUCCAGGGAGAUUUUCCUGAGCCAGCCUAUUCUUCUGGAGCUUGAGGCGCCUCUCAAGAUCUGUGGUGACAUCCAUGGCCAGUACUAUGACCUUCUACGGCUGUUUGAAUAUGGUGGCUUCCCUCCAGAGAGCAACUACCUCUUCUUGGGGGACUAUGUGGAUCGGGGCAAGCAGUCUUUGGAGACCAUCUGCCUGUUGCUGGCCUAUAAGAUCAAAUAUCCGGAGAAUUUCUUUCUACUUCGUGGGAACCAUGAGUGUGCCAGCAUCAACCGCAUCUAUGGCUUCUAUGAUGAAUGCAAGAGACGAUACAACAUCAAACUGUGGAAGACUUUCACUGACUGCUUCAACUGCCUGCCCAUUGCAGCCAUUGUAGAUGAGAAGAUCUUCUGCUGCCAUGGAGGCCUGUCUCCAGACUUGCAAUCCAUGGAGCAGAUUAGACGUAUUAUGCGACCCACAGACGUGCCUGACCAGGGCCUACUGUGUGAUCUCCUGUGGUCUGACCCUGACAAGGAUGUUCAAGGCUGGGGCGAGAAUGACCGUGGUGUCUCCUUUACCUUUGGGGCUGAGGUGGUAGCCAAGUUCCUGCACAAGCAUGAUCUGGACCUCAUCUGCAGAGCACAUCAGGUUGUAGAAGAUGGCUAUGAGUUCUUUGCCAAAAGGCAGCUGGUGACCCUCUUCUCAGCUCCCAACUACUGUGGAGAGUUUGACAAUGCUGGUGCCAUGAUGAGUGUGGAUGAGACCCUUAUGUGCUCCUUCCAGAUCCUCAAGCCCGCUGAUAAGAAUAAGGGGAAGUAUGGGCAGUUCAGUGGCCUGAACCCCGGAGGCCGUCCCAUCACUCCACCCCGCAACUCUGCCAAAGCCAAGAAAUAGCUUCCAUGUGCUGCCCUUCUGCCCCAGAUGAUGGAUUAUUUGUAUAGAGAUCAUGCUGCCAUGGGUCACACUGGCCCCUCGGGCCCACCUGUCGUCAUGUUGAACACACAGCGAGCGUAAAGUGUCUUUCCUUUAUUUUUUAAAGAAUCAAUAGCAGCAUCUAAUCUCCCAGGGCUCCCUCCCACCAGCACCUGUGGUGGCUGCAAGUGGAAUCCUGGGGCCAAGGCUGCAGCUCAGGGCAAUGGCAGACCAGAUUGUGGGUCUCCAGCCUUGCUUGGCUGGCAGCCAGAUCCUGGGGCAACCCAUCUGGUCUCUUGAAUAAAGGUCAAAGCUGGAUUCUC